AUGGGCAAGUACGAAGAGAUACCUUCCUCUGACUCUCUUGAGAGUCAUGAGCCCUUCCUUAGCCAUCCCAGGUUCACGGUCCAGAGUGAACACAAGGCGUUUCGGAUCCUACGCCAUGGAGUAGUCACAGUGCUCGUUAUUUACGCAGCAGUGUCGACUGGAGCACUGGUUUGGCUUGGACGCCAACGUGUUCCGCAACCAUACACACCUGCAAGCGGCGUCAUUUCUUAUAGACGCCAGCCAUUAUAUUUUGGCGAGGACAAGUUGUUCGCUGGGAGCCCGGACCAUGUCGAUCGAGCAUGGCGUCAGCUUCUUGAGCCUCUUAACAUCCGGACGUCCUAUCAAGAGCAACUGGCGGCUCACGCAGAAAUCACUGAUGAGAUACUUCAACCAUCAGACGGAGGUUAUGUUGGAGUAUUGUCUGUUUAUCAUGAGCUCCAUUGCUUAGACACAUUGCGAAUGAACAUGGAUCCUGAACGAUACUACGCAGGCAUUUCAGAAGCCGAAAAGCAGAACAAUAUUGUUCACAUGACACAUUGCGUUGACACCAUCCGGCGCAGUCUCAUGUGCAAGGCUGACCCCGCCAUGUACACUGGGUACUGGAUUGCAAAUCAUACUGUAAUCCCAAGCAAAGAGCUGCGGUCGAACUCCGAUACCAUCUGCGUCAACUGGGAGGCCCUGGACGGCUGGGCCCGAGAACGGCUUCUGCCAGCGGACAAGUACAAGGUCAAAGCAGGUCCGUUCGAGAACCAGAUGCCAACCCACCACCACCAUAAUGGCUAA